AUGUCAACUUUAUCACCAAACACUUCCAAUAACAUUUAUAAUAAUGAUUCAAUAUUUAACACAAAUCCAGCAGAUACAGUAGCAGUAUCGGAUUUUUUGAAUAGAGUCAAUUUAGGCUCUUCUCACAUCAAAGAAAUUGCUGGUCUUGGUUCUAUUGAUUAUUUGAAAAUUGACGAUAAUGUAGUUACACCUGGUGCAAUUCCAAGUCGUGGGAUUAUGGAUGACUUAUGUUAUGGUACUGGAACAACAUAUUUAGCAGGUUUAUCAUUUGGAGGUGUUUGGGGCCUGAUGGAAGGUUUUCGUGGAAAUAUGCCAAAUUUUAAAUUACGAUUAAACACGAUACUUAAUUCAAUUACAAGACGUGGUCCAUUCAUUGGAAAUUCUUGUGGGAUACUGGCAAUGGGUUAUAAUACUAUUAAUGGUAUAAUAAGUUCAACGAGAGGCAGGCAUGAUACUAUAAAUAAUGUUGCUUCAGGUGCUUUAGUAGGUGUAAUAUUUAAAUCCACAGCUGGUAUAAAAGCAGCAACAACCGCAUCCUUGAUAUGCGCAGCAACAGCUGGAACAUGGACAAGUGCAAAGACUAAUCGUACAUCAUCCAUUGUUGGAUAUGAAGACGAUGACAAUAAUUUGGUUGCUUCAUAUAUUGGUUCUAAGAUCUCCCAAUCUGAUGUGGUUAAAC